AUUGUUUUACAUUAAAUGCCAAGAUCUUGCAUCAAUAUGGAAGGUGACAAUAAUCUUGAGUUUCAUCAGAAGCUUCUUUUCAUCAAUGAAAAUUUGGGGCAUGAUGAUGUAGAGGCUCUUAAGUUUCUCUGUAGUGACUUGAUCUCAUUUAAGAAUCUUGAGAGUAUAGACUCUGCGUACCAGCUGUUUGGGAAAUUAAUGUGUGAAGAUUUGUUGAAUAAAGAAAAUUGUUUCCUGAUAGCAGAGCUCCUCUUCCUAAUUAAGCAACAAUGUCUACUACAUCAAAUUGGGUACACAAAGGAAAAAGUACAGAAAGAACUUUCUACCAAAGGAAUAAUCUCCCCAUACAGAAUCAUGCUUUAUAAUCUGGGGGAGGAAAUCACAACAGAAAAUUUUGAUCAUAUAAAAUUUCUCCUGAAUAAGGAUAUUCCAAAGACACCAAAGACUUUUUUAAGUCUUUUGAGAUAUUUGGAGAAACAAGAACUUUUAAGUGAGAAUAAUCUGGAGUUGUUGGAGACCGUAUGCAAGUCUUUGUCAAAAAGUCUUGUAAAAAGGAUCAACCAAUACAAAACCGAGAAAGAGGAGAAAAAGUUAAGUGUUGCAUCAGGCCUUGAUGAGUGCUUAUGGAAAACAUCUCUUCAAGAGAACAAGGAGGAGGCAACACGAUAUGAGAUGACUAGUAAACACAGAGGUCUCUGCAUGAUUUUCAACAACUUUAUGUUCAAGACCAUGAACUCCAGGAAAGGAAGUUGCAAAGAUGCAGGUGAACUGAGGAGUGUUUUUAAGUGGCUUGGAUUCACCGUGAUAAUUCAUGAGAAUAAAACAAAAGAAGAAAUGGAAAAUAUUCUGCGUUUGUGUAGAAAUGACCCGAAGCACCAAGAAAGUGAUUGUUUUGUUUGCUGCAUCCUUACCCAUGGUGACUCUGGUUGUGUGUACUCCUCGGAUGAAAAGAGCAUAGCAAUUAAGGAGCUCCUAAACUACUUCACAGCCAAGCAAUGCCCAGGCCUGAUUAACAAACCCAAACUCUUUUUCUUCCAAGCCUGUCAAGGCAGAGAUGCACAAGAAGGCGUGCUUCUUGAAGCUGAUGCUAAGAGUAUCAAUAACUCGCUUUCUGUCCCCAAGAAUAUUCCUCAGAUGUACAUUCCAACGGAAGCAGAUUUUCUUCUUGGGAUGGCCACCGUUGAUGGCUGUUUUGCUGUGCGACAUGUAGAGAAAGGUUCCUGGUAUAUUCAAGCCCUCUGCCAUCAUCUGAAACACUUGGUACCAAGAGAAGACGACAUCUUAACCAUCCUAACAAUGGUCAAUAAUGACGUGAGCAAACAGGCUGUUGAUGAGAGGGGGAAAAUGAAACAGAUGCCCCAGCCUGCUUUUACCCUACGGAAAAAAGUUAUAUUCCCGGUGCCAUCUGAUGUCUCUCUACUAUGAGAAGAGGAUUUUCUUUUCCUUAUGGAAUGAUAAAAUCUCAAAUAAGGGAAAGAAAAAUCAAAUAAGAGUUCGUCUAGAGGAAAUCCCACCAAUGAAUUUCUUUGCAUUAUGAUGACAGACGAUCAUGCAAACUCUACUUGAAGUGAAGUUUCUCAUUAAUUUGUGAUGCAACUUAUUCUAUUUUUGGAUAGUUUUGAUCAGGGGAAAGGUUUGUCUUAUAGUAAGUUAAAAACCUAGGCUAUCUACAUUCACUACCCAGUGGAAUUAGUUUAUUUCUCUGGAGUGGUGUGACAUAUAUCUAAUCCUUCUGCCAUAAGGAUAUGAGAACUUUUUAAAUACUUGAAGACUGAUCUUCUCUUUUCCAGUUCUACUAACUGGAAAAAUCUGUGACAUUUGGCUGUUUCUGUACUUUCUUCAUAAAAAGAUAACUUCAUGUUAUUUUUAUUAAAAUGCUCUGAAUUCCUAAGGAUGCCUUGUUGGGUGAAAUGGGAAUAGUUCAGUUAUGUUUGAGUUGUAGUUUUAAAAAUACAAUAGAGCACUAGCCUUGGACUUAGCUGAGAUCUAGAUUCCAGCACAGCCUUAACACUUAGAAGUUAUAUGACCACAGGUGCUAGCUACUUAACUCUUGUGAACUUCAAUGAUCAUAUCUGUAAAAUUGGGAUAAUAUCACCAACUGCUGAACUUCUGAGAAUUCUGCUUUUUAACUGGAAAAUAUAUAAGGAAGGGCUUUAUAAAACUUAAUGUAACCCAAAAUAGGAAAGAUUGCCUUACAAAGUAGUUGGUUUCCAGUCUCCAAAAGUGUCUUAGAAAACAGUAGCAACUUUCAUUCUGACUCAUUAUUUGAAAAACAAUUCUCCUAAAUCUGUUUCAUCAUGCCAUUUUCUGCACAGCUUCCUUUAAAAAAGAAGUAGCCCAUAACUCUGAGCCUUGACAUUCUCAGAUGAUUUCUAAUACUGUAUUCAGUUUAUUUAAUAAUCAUUUUUACAAAAAAAGAACAAAAAACAAAAAAAAUUGGGAAUUAGAUUUUUAUUUGUCAGGAGAAUAAUAAAUUAGAACUUUGAUGAAAAUACAAAAGCAUAUGAAGAUAUGUAAUUUGAUUCAAGGUUAAUUGAGUGGAAUGAGGAAAAUGGCAUAUAAAGUGAUAGUAAUAAUACAGAUGGAAGACAUUGAAAAUGUGUUCUGCAAAAUUAUAACGGUCAAACUUGGCACCAAAGAAAAGAUAUCAGAGGGUAUCUCCUCUCUUUAAUAGGUUGGGUCUGACUCAGAACAGUCUUCUGGUAAUUUAGGUUUGAUACUGGAAUAAAAUGAAGCACUCUUAGGACAUACAAAGUUUACUUAAAGCAUACCCAACAAGGAGACAGCACAUGGAUCUGGAAUGGUCCGAGAUUCCACAUGGGUAGAUCUCUUUUAUAUUCUUAUGUAUAAAUCUCAGGGACAGUUUCAAUAGUUUUUAAGGAAAAACUAGUCUUGAAUUGUGUGAAAUCUUAAAAAAAGCAAGCCUAGCCCUUACGACCUGGGACAUGUUAGGUAAUAAUUCUCCUACCAUACCAUACUUCUUUGUAGAGGUGGGAUACUAUGGGUAGACUACUGUAAUUGUCAGCAUUUUCAAAAUAUUGGUUAGUUUUGUUAAAAUUUUUUUCUUUGUUUUUAUAUUUUGCUGCAAAGGAUGGUUCUCUUGGAAAAGUAGGACAACAGGAACUAUUAGGAAAUGUAAGUGACAUAAAAAUACAAAUUAUCGAUAUAAUUUUGUUUUUUAAAGUAUUUAGUUGGAGAAAUAAAUAGAUAGCUGGUUUCAAAUAUAGGAAAUCAUAGUAUUCAGUCUCCUGUCUCUGCUACAUAUAAGUCUAGAUAAGUCUUUUAGUCUUCGUGCCUUCUGCAAUAACUAUCUAACACUAUAAUUUUCAAAAAGGGAGCCAAUCUGCAUUAAAGGAAAUUGCUCAAUGUUCCUUAUGCUGAUAAAGUCACAAUUCAGUCCAAAAAUAAAACAAAACAUCUCCCCCCCACACACAAAAAAAAGCAGAAUAAAGCCUUGUUAGUACUUAGUAAUAUCUAAUUUGUAAUAUAAUGGUUUUACAUGAAUUUAUUUUAAUCAUACUUAAAAAAAAUCUAAUCACCAUUAGGAUUUAUUAUAGACAACUAACAUUUAAGGCUAUUAGACUCCAAAAAAGUUAUUAAAGGAUUCCUGCAUCCACAUUUAUGCCUUUCAGACAGUCAUGGGAGCAGGCUUUAGAAACAUGGGUUAGCUUUAGAAGCUUAACAUUCUCCUUUCUCAUAUACAAAAACACCAGCUUAUAGGAUUUAAUAGUGGAAAGGAUCUGAAAACUCAUCUAGCCUCUUCAUUUUAAAGAUGAUAAAACUGAGACCCUGUAAAGUAAACUUAGUUACUGAGUAGUUCAAGCAAGAUUUGAACUCAGAUUCUCUUAUCUGUACCUUUUUCAAAAUUUGUAUCUGCUUGGUAUUGUUGCUAGCACACAGAAAGCACUUCGUAAAUGCUUGUUGACUUUGUAUUUAAAUAUAUACAUAUAUACACACGUGUGAAUAUACAUGUAAAUAUAUACACAUAUAUAAUUAAAACACAAAGAACAUUUGGUCACAUUUGGGAGUAUACCAUUUGUAUAAUUCAGAAUACUUUAUAUGCUGAUUUUUUACGUAUGCUAUUAAGAUGCAUGGGCAGGACUUAAAUACUCUCACAUCUGCCCAGCAGUGCUAGUACUUCUAGCCUGUCGACAGCAAGCUCUUUUACAAACUUAUUUGGCUGUUUUUAUUGAGGAUGAUACUUCUUUGAGAUCCUUUUAUGCUUAUAUGUAUUUGUAGCCCUAGAAAUACUGGGGGCCAGUGGCAGGGUUUGUUGUUGUUGGGUUAGCCUUCACAAUGAAUUUGAAUCUGCUUAGUGAUAAAGUCUCCACCCAAAGGGUCAGAAACACAGAUUUACCUCAUUUUAUGUCUCAGAGGUGCUUGUGAAAAAUUAUGUGUUAUUCAGAAGAUCUUAGCAUUGGGAAAGAACUUAACAAUUCUAAUGAACUAGUGAACAGAGAACAGAGAAAUCUAGUGAUGAAUAAGUCAUGGUUUUGUGUUUGAAGUAAUGAUGCUUUUAGAAAACUUUUUGUAAACUUAUAUUUUUAAGUAAGAGAAUAGAGAAGUAGAUACUUCAAAGUAUUUACCUCAAAGAAAUACCAUCUAAUACAAUGAUUCUUAACCUGUAGUCUGUAAAUGUUAAAAAAAAAAUUGAUAACUAUUUUAAUAUAAUUGGUUUCCUUUGUCAUCUUAUGUAGAUUUUUCUAUGCAUUUGAAAACAUGAUUUUGAGAAAGGGUUUGUAGUCUUUACCAGAUAGCUGAAGGAGGCCAUGACAUAAAAAAGUUAAAGAUCUGGAAUAAAUGAGAACCCUGAUAAAUAGUCCUAUACUAUGAAGUUUUUUUUUUUUAUCCCAUCACUUAAAAGUACUCUCUCUUUUUUCAAAAUUUAUAGAAUACUUUGUUACAAUGACUAACCACCUUCUAUUAUGUAUUUAUUUAUGUAUAUAUUGUGUUUCUCCAAGUCUCAGGUAAUGUCUUGGUCAUUUAAAAAAAUCUUUGAAUCUCUAUGACCUUGUACCCCCCCCCCCAACCCAAAAUGCUCACACCAUUUGUUGUGAUAAUCCUUUAAUAACUUUUUCGAAGUCUAAUAGCCUUAAAUGUUAAUUGUCUAUAAUAAAUCAUUAUUUGAUUUCUUUUACUUUAUCCUGUUGUGGGAUUUGGCUGUCUAUAGCAGUUCUUCUUUCUAUGGAUUAGAGAUCUAGAGUUAGAAGAAACUAUUUAAUCCAAAUCCUUCAUUUUAAAGAUUAAAAACAAAAAAGUUAGGUGAUUUGUCUUGAUCUCUUUCUCUGACAAUCCUUGAGUGCUUAUUUCCUUUGUUUUCUUUGAAGAUUUCUUCACAAAACUAUCUGACAACAUUGAUUAUGUCUCUGAGCAAUUAACAUUAUUCCAGAACAGGUCUGAGAUUUUUGUCCUCUUCAAUAAUAAAAUGACAACUAAAUGCUGUUUUGAAUGUACAUUGAAAGAAAUCUAGUGAGAAUAAGACAUGAUUUUGCGUUUGAAAUCACGAUGCUUUUAAAAAACUUUUUGUAAACUUAUAUUUUCAAAUAAGAGAUUUUCUGUUUUUUAAAAAAAAGUCUGUGUAUACUGUGAAAUUCUGCUCUCAAUCAGUCAAUCAUUUGCUGCUUUGGCUUCUUCUAAUAAAACUAGUAAUAUUUUCUUAGAUAUACUGAUAUGGAAAUGCAGCCUUUACUGGUAAACGAGCCAGCUUCAGAAUCAGGAUGAACUCAGUUCAGAUUCCACUUUUGUCACCUACUGGUGGUGGUACCUGGGUAGCCUUACCUUAAUCUUCCAAUGCUCUGGGCAAUCCUCUAGAAAACCGUCUAGAACUAUAAAUUGGAGAAAUUAUCAAUCUGUAUUGGUAGAGAAGAUAAGCUCCCAACUCUAAUGAUAUCUCAGGUGUGAAAGAAAGGAAAAAGGAAAUCAGGAAGAAAAAAAAAAAAGAAAAGAAGAAAAAAGGAAGAAAGAAUAAAAAAAAGUGAAAAAAGAGUAAGGAAGGAAACAAAAAUGGAAAAUAGAAAGGACUGAAAAAAAGGGAAAAAAGAAAGAAAGAAUGGUAUGGUUAUAAAAGGAAAAUCUUAACAAUGAAAACAAUGGUUUAAUAAAGGAGAAGGAAUCAAUUGGUCAUGAAAUAAAUGAAAAUUUGUUUUCCAA